AUGUCUUCAGCUGUGCAGGGCUUUUUGGAACUCCUUAGAAGGCCGAAUGAGCUUUUAGAUACAGAUGAGUCCCCAGAGAACCUCGGCGGCUACGGCAGAAGACUUGAAAUAUCAAGACAUAACUUGCUUAAGCUUGGAAGAAAUGAGCAGGAGUGCGACUUCGUUUGCCAUGAUCCGGCAAUAUCGUCUAUUCACUGUGUCUUUUGGGCUGUUUUAUUCGAAGAGGAUAGUUUACCCAUGUGUUACGUGAAGGAUUGCUCACUAAAUGGGACGUACUUGAACGGCUCAUUAUUGAAGAGAGAUGUAGCGUACCUGCUUACAGAUGGAGACAAAAUCGACUUGCAAGACGAAAACCAAGUUACGUUCCGGUUUUGUACUAACAAAAAGGCAGAAAGCGAUGAAUUAAUUGAACAGUUUGGGUUUGAAAAGAAAGUACAGCAGUGGGAAGUUACUUCUAGAGUGAUUGGGAACGGAACUUUUGGCCAUGUACUUGUGGCCUACAAAAAAAGAGAAAAUAUCAGUACAGUCAAAGAGCUGCCAAAACUGUAUCCUGAGAAUUACGCUGUCAAAAUCAUUAAACUUAGGCCGAACAAGCUGAAUAAGGAAGCGAAAAUACUAUUGAAAUUGAAUCAUCCAAACAUUAUCAAAGUUCAUCACACGUACUGCGAUAUUAAUGACAACUUAUAUAUUUUCCAGGAUUUAAUCCCAGGCGGCGAUCUAUUCUCUUAUUUGGCUAAAGGUGAUUGCUUGAGUUCAAUUCCAGAGGCUGAGGCUUUGAUAAUUGUUUACCAAAUUUUGCAUGCACUCAAAUACCUUCAUAACCAAGGAAUAGUUCAUCGAGAUUUGAAACUUGAUAACAUUUUGCUAUGUUCGCCUGAACCUUGCACUAGAAUUAUUCUAGCAGACUUUGGAAUUGCCAAGGACUUAUCAACAGCAAAGUCAAGAAUGCAUACAGUGGUUGGGACUCCUGAGUACUGUGCGCCCGAGGUAGGCUUCAAAGCCGAUAGGAAAGCAUACCAAUCCUUCUCUCGUGCUGCCACUUUGGUACAGAAUGGCUAUGAUAGGAAAUGCGAUUUGUGGUCCUUAGGAGUUAUAACACACAUAAUGCUGACAGGGAUCUCGCCAUUUUAUGGCGAUGGAACGGAGAGAAGUAUUAUCCAAAGCACUAAAAUAGGUAAAUUAACCUUUACGGCAAAACAAUGGAAUACGGUGGCUGAUGCUGCCAAAAGUUUCGUUCAAAAGCUACUUGAAAUUGAUGUCAAUAAAAGACUGGAUAGCAGACAGAGUUUAGCGCAUCCAUGGAUCUUGAAACAUCACGAUCAGCUGGAAAAGAUAUAUUUCAAAAAAAUUUUGAAAACGUCUGAAAAACCGAUUCUCGACAUUGCCACGACGGUGUUAGAACCUAGCUGGAAGAGAAAAUUGCCUAAAAGUGUUGUUGUGGACCACUCCUUGCUUAAUAAGAAAAAAAGAAGGAACGAAAUAUGA